CCUUUAUUUCAAGACAGAACAAAGCUUGGUGGAAUUUCCUCCUUUCUCACCAGCUCAAAAAAAGCAGGGUUGUGCCUUUCGAGAGGACUUAUUUUUUGUUUAACAGCAGCAAGCUCAGUCCUGGCCUCAUACACUCUGCUGGCAUGAACACUGAAUAUUCUCCAAAUGCUUUCCUACAGUUGAGCCUGAUUGCGUGAUCCCCGUGCAAACACCAUGGACCACGACGCAGAGGACCUGGGGGAGCACCACCGAUCCAGCAUUAGUCCCAUUAAAGGCACUGGGGAAGAGCCGGAAGGGGCCGAGAGAGAGCUCCCAAAACCAGUGAUGAGUCCCAUGGAAAGCACUACAAAAGAGCCUGAGGUCACAGAGAGCAAACCCCCAAAAUCGACAACUAGUACAAGGAGGAGCAGUACACAAGAACUGGAGUUACCCAGGAUGGAACCCCAAACGUCAGUCACAAGCAGCGUGGGAAGAAGCCCCAAAGACCUCAGAGUAGCAAAGCGAGAACCCCGCUCAUCCCUCCCGAGCCCGGCCGGAAGCCGCACGCAAAUGCUCAGCGUACAAGCCUCUUUGGAACCCCGCAGAUCCAAUGUCAGUGCCAAGCGGAGCAGGACGAAGUCAAUGGAAACGAAAAAGAAAACUUCUCCCAAAUGGGCACAGCUGACCAAGCCUCUUGUCAUGGUUGCAGUGAUCACUUCCUUUGGCUCGUCUCUCCAACAUGGUUAUAAUAUCUGGGUGGUGAACCACCCGGCCACGCUCAUACAAGACUUCUACAACGUCACUUAUCACCAGAAGAAGAUAACCCUCAACAAAGGCUUCCUCAGCUUCCUGUAUAACUUAACCACGGCGCUCUUCUCCCUCGGAGGGCUGAUCGGCUCCCUCUUGGCGAGCCUGCUGGUGGACAGAUUUGGCAGGAGAGGGGCCCUGAUCCUGAAUAACAUCUUAUCCAUGAUCUCUGCUCUCCUGAUGGGGUUUUCUUCCAUCGUGUUUGCUUCAGAAUACACCAUCUUUACGCGCUUGCUCACUGGAAUAUGUUCAGGUGUAUUCUCCUGUGUCGUCCCCAUGUAUCUCGGCGAAGUAGCUCCCAAAAUGCUGAGGGGAACGGUCAUAUCGGUGUCCAUGGUCUUUGUUGCUGUCGGAAUGCUCUUCUCCCAGAUCCUCGGCCUUCGUGAAAUUCUGGGGAACAAAAAAGAGUGGCCCAUUUUGCUGAGCCUCAUGGGGUUCCUGGCCUUGUUUCAAGUCCUCGUGCUCCCUUGCCUCCCGGAGAGCCCCAGGUAUCUGCUGAUACAGAAGAGGAAUGAAGUGAAGGCCAGGCAAGCCUUGCAAAGGUUACGAUGCCAGGAGAGCGUGGACGAGGAGCUGGAGGAGAUGUACCAGGAGGACGCCGUGGAGAAAACCGAGAAAGUGAUGGGUGGCCUCAAGAUCCUUUACUAUCGUGGCCUCCGGUGGCAGGUCAUCUCCGUCAUUAUCCUGAUGGGAGGCCAGCAGUUGUCCGGCAUCAAUGCAGCGAAUUAUUAUGCGGAGAGAGUCUACGCAACGAUGUGGCUCACUGAAUACGACGCCCGGUAUAUCAGCAUAACGUCCACUUUUUCUCUCAUCAUCGUACUGUUGUUUGUGGUUUAUUUUAUCGACACCGUGGGGCGAAGGGUCUUGAUCCUGAUCGGCUUUGCGAUCUGCAGCAUCCUGUGUGUUCUGUUAACCAUGACCCUUGAGCUUCAGAGCACCAUGUCCUGGAUGUCUUACAUCAGUUCUGGCCUCAUCUUUGCCUUCCUCAUCGGUCACAUUAUUGGGCCAGGCCCGGUGCCCAAUGUGCUAAUAACAGAAUUAUUCCUCCAGUCCUCGCGGUCCACCGGUUUUGCGAUUGGAGGCUUUGUCCACUGGCUCUUAAAUUUUCUCACAGGGAUGAUUUUCCUUCACAUUGAGAAACAGCUCGGCUCCUACAGCUUCCUCAUCUUCUGGCCGUUCUCCUUCGGCACCUUCCUUUUCCUCUUCAAGAUUAUUCCAGAAACCAGAGGCAAGAGUUUUCUGGAUAUUAAAAGGCUGAUGACCGCCCACGUAGCUAGAAGGAUUCAAGUCCAGGAUUCAAGAAGGGGCUCCACCCAACCGAGCUCAAGAAGGCCGUCCCUGCCGCCGGGUUCGAGAAGGGUUUCCCUGACACCGGGUUCGAGAAGGGAUUCCCUGCCCCCGAGUUCGAGAAGGGGUUCCGUGCAGCAGAACGUUAAAAGAAAAAAACGAAAAGCCACCACGAAACCCACGUAACUCUUCCCUUGAGUUGCGUCGCCUCUGUCGGAAUGCGGAUGUGUUGCUGCUGUUGUUUUUUUUCUGGUUCUCUCUCUCUGCUCUCCUUUGCAUUCUGUUUAAGAUUUUUCUAUUAUUCUCAAACACUUUUUUAAAAAAAAAAAUUAAAAAAUCAAAUGAUCCCAAGGUGUGGCAGGUCUGCGUCCCAUGAUAACUACAGUAAAAGCAGGCUGAAAAGAUCACAGAAGAUCUAGGAUCCAAUGGCUUUUCUGAAACCUAGAUGGUUAAAGCCACCCUCCUGUCUUGUAGGGAUACGUGGAAUUUAGGAUAGCAAAGGGGGCUGGCGGGCUGGCGUUCAGGUUGUGUCUAUAAAUCAAGAAUGACUAUUCUGGAAUUCACAGCUCUCCUGUUUAUAAUUACAUCAGCCAGUAAUUUUUUUUCCUUCUCUAGUUUCUUGCUAACCAUCCCAUAGGUCCUCCUGCACAGGUCCAAGCAUGGAGUAAGAGCGAUAAAACCAGCCUCUUAAAUCUAAAUCAAAGUCCAUUUCGUGUUCCUAACGUCAGCUUGUUUCCAAGCACCAUCUCCAGGGCACAACAGUAGCAAUUCCUCCCCUAGUGUUUAUUCUCAGCACCUAGAAUUUAAAGAUAUACUGCCUCAGUUUCUGGAGGUUUCAUUUUGCUGGUAGAUACUGCUCAAAGCACUUUCCCCCCCCCACCACCUAAAUUCUGUUGAAAAGGCAUCUGAGCCGGUGGUUGUGAUCAUGUGUGUCAUCUUAUAAUUAGGUCCAGAUUUCAGAAUUAAAAUCCUGUCACAGUUAGUCUCAUAGGAAACAUGGCCUGAAAUCAAAAUAAAUGUGCUUUUUAUAUAAACGAGCAUCUACG